AUGACUUCCACAGAAGAGGAAGACUUCUCUCUCUUUUCCUCUCUUAGACACGAUCGGCUCCUUCUCCAAUCCCCCGAAAAUACUACCGCCUCAGGCUCCACAACUCCAUGCCCAUUCUACCUCCUUGAAUAUCACCGUGACCGUAUGGUCCGUGCGGCACACCAUUUUGAAUGGCCUGAGGCUGUAAUAGCAUCGCUUGAGGAUCUGAACGGAUUUCGACGGGCAUGUGAAGAAGCCGUUCGAACCGUCCUCUCACCAGAGGGCAAGCUUAGCGUCACGGCAGGCUCAAUUCCUCAAGUGCCAGUCACCACCUUAUUCCCUAGUACUCUCCCAAAUCCCUCCUCACUCUCCUCUCCUCCCUUAUGGAAAAUACAUAUCGACACAAUCCCCACCCCCGCCUCUCCGUUCACAUCUCACAAAACCACUUUCCGAGGUCACUAUGACGCUGCACGGCUCCGCGCUGGUAUAAUCAACUACACCGAUACCACGGAGGUGGUCUUGUGGAAUGAGGACGGGGUGAUGAUGGAAGGGAGUAUGACAAGUGUGUACUUUUGGCGGAACGGAGGGUGGGUUACGCCGCCACUGGAGUCUGGAGGGAAUAAUGGGACUACGAGAAGGUGGUUGUUAGAGAAGGGAAUGGUGGUGGAAGCGGUUGUCGGGAAGGAAAGUAUAGAGGCGGGAGAAGUGAUGUUGAUUAGCAAUGGAGUCCGAGGGAUUUGGGCAGGGACAGUUGUAGGGUAG